AUGGCCACCAGCCCCACUCCAUUGCCCCUUCUGCCCUCCCUGAGCUGUGUCAUGUGCCACGAUGUGCCCCGCGAGCCCGUCACCAUGUCUUGUGGGCACUGCCUGUGCAGGGGAUGCUUGGAGCGAUCUUGGAGGGGGCAGGAGGCUUACCCGUCGUGCCCAAAAUGUCGCCCACCGCCGGUGCAGUCCCCAGAUGGUGGGCAGAGGAACGUGUGUGCAGAUCACGGCGAAAAGGUUCAGUUUUUUUCCACCCAAGACAGCAGACUCCUGUGCCCCCGCUGCAGAGCGUCCGCCGAGCCACUGCCUGGGCAUACACUAAUCCCCAUACAGGAGGCCGUGGGGGGAUACAAGGAGGAGUUGAUGUCCGCUAUCGCCCCCCUGGAGUCCCGCCUGAAGGAACUGCAGCAGAUGCAGUGCGCCCAGGAGCAGAUGAUCGCCCAGCAGCACCGGGGGAACCUCCUGAGCACCAAGCACCAUGUCAGUAUGGAGUUCGAGAAGCUGCACCAGUUCCUGCGGGAGAGAGAAGAGAGACUGCUGAGGGACCUGCAACAAGAAGGAGACCUCAUCCUGGCCGAGAUGGAGGAAAGUCUCAGCAAAAUCAAACAGAACUGUCAGGGGAUCCUACAGACCAUCAGUAGCACCCAACCACGG